CGACAUUCCGUUUCCGGGUCAGCAGAGUGCUGGGGUUAGGAAGCUGUAAACUCGGUUACAAGUGACCGCGGGUCCUGAAGUGUGUGCAGGGGAGGAUAUUAGAGGCUGCACCACCCGGUGAUAGCGGUGUAGACGGGCUGUGGGACCCCUGUAUAUAGAGCAUUUACUUUGUAUAAGUCAUAGACUGACCUGGGGUGGGGAAAUUGGCAGAUAGUGCCCCCCCCCCCCACCCCUCUCCAUCGCUCCAGUAUAGAUGGGGAUGACAGGGUUAAAGCUUAUGUUAUCACCAUGGUUACCUGUAUACUAUAGGAGACAGCACCCCCUAUUAUAUUGGUAAUUUUUUUACAUUUUUAAAUUUAUAAAUUUUUUAAAGCAUAAAAUAUUUUUUUAAAAUAAAAAUUGUGAAAAAACAAAACGAAAACAAAGGGAAGCCCCACUUAAAUAACAUCUGACGUGAGUGAUGGGACACCCUGCGCAAGUGUUGUGGUGAUCCGACCCUUAAUAACGGGAAUGCAAACCAUGUGAACUGUGUGACUUCAUGGUGAAUAGGAAGAUAGGGGGCAACAGAGAGUAGAGAUUACAUUCUGGAUUAUACGGUAGCGCUAUGUGUUGUUCCAUCCAUUAAAAAAAAUAGGGUGGGAGAUGAUAUACGCACCUACGUAUGUGAGGUAUGAGAGCGCGGCACCCGUACGACCCCCACCCCUGUUCUGUACCGCCAUCUGCUGGACUCGCAUUUAACUUUUCUAGACUUUGAGUCUCCUCCCGUUUGUCAUGGGACGGAAAAAGAAAACGCUGCACGACUAUGCGGCGGAGUUCACAGACCUGGCAGUGAGGAGACACGUGAUCGAACACGACGACACGGGAAAGACCUCGAUGGUGGAGACCCUGUACUGUAAGUCCUGCGAGCUGCCCAUGCGGGUGAGGCGGGAUCGGAUACUGGAGCACUUGGCAUCGGGACGGCAUUACCGGAACCGGAGACUGAUCAAGCAGCACUGGACCCACGCGCCCGUCCUGGUAACGACCGGUGCAGAAAACGUUGAAGACCUGUCUCUGUCUCUGGACUCCUCCCUUCAUCCUCCGCCCUCCUUUAUACUGCAGGCUAACUCUAUCAGUAAUGCCAUCAGCACCAGUCACCCGGUGCCAUCACCUCCUCUCCAUCACCAUCAUCUUCUGUCCUCGCUUCCUGGUCACCCAAACAUUAGUUCCACCACCAACAUCAUAUCCGGAAGAGAAGAUUCCGCACCGUCUACUUCCUGCUCUUCUUCGCUGCUGUCAUCAUUCGGAACCAUCCACAUCCAGAACCCGUCCAUCUCUUCCAAGUGCACCAACCAAAGGCAUGUGAUCUCAGAGGCUUCCAAUAGCAUCGCCCCGGGAGGGCUCUACAGUGGAGAAGGUUCUCAGGAGAGCAGGGUUGGCCUGGUGGUUAUAGGGGUCAGCCACGGCAGCCAGGCUUUGCUUCAAAGCAUAGCAGAAGAAAAUGGCUGCCACCUCUACUACGUUGUGGAGAAUCAACGUUUGGCGGUGGAAACGGCUUUUAGUGAAGGACUUUUAUCCAAGACGAGAGUCCUGCAGGAGCAAGACAUGGACAUUGCCUUUAGUGACCAAAGAGUGUCUGGGGUGGUAAUUUGUUCUCCGCCAGAAGUUGCAGCCGCCAUGACCCUGGAGGCUCUUAAAGCAGGGAAGGCGGUGCUGUGUGAGAAGCUGCUGAGCGCGUGCAGGCAGACGGCGGAGGCGUGCUUCGAUGAGGCCGACAGACAGGGGAGACCGCUGGUGUGCGGCUUCUACAAACGCUUUGACCCAGCCCUGAAAUACCUAUUUAAAAGAAUUCACCAGAAAAGUGCACUGGGCCCAAUCCAGAAACUAUCUACAGUCAGCCGUGUCUUUCCCUGCUCUUCUGUUAGCAAGAUCAAGACAUCAGGAGGGAUUUUCUAUAAUUCAGCAUUACAUGAUAUCGACAUCGUCAUCUGGUUACUAGGAGUCAGCCUGCCGGACACGGUGUUCUCUCUUGGACAUGCUUUCUGUUCAGACAUGACCACCUUGAAGGACGUGGACACUGUCAGCAUCAGCAUGAAGUUUUCCAGCGGAGCCAUAGUGAACCUGGACGUCAGUCAGCACUGCACCAAAUCCUGUGAUCAGAGGCUGGAGUUAUACGGCUCCCAAGGAUCAUUGCGCUUAGACAAUCAGAACCCCCUGUGCAUUAUAGAAAAUGGUUCAUCCUUCCCGACGCCCUCCCAGACGCACAACGAAAGAUACAGAGAAGCCUACAGGGAGCUCUUCCGCCAUUUUAUCCGCACUGUCAAAGGUAUAUCACAUCCGGUCGUUACCAAAGAGCAGUAUAUUUGGGCUCUGCAGGUGGCGCGAGCUGCUGAACAGUCCUGGCAAAGCGGCUCCGCCGUAGACGUGGCCAAUGAAGCUGUGGACGCCUCCAUUAUAAAGACUGAGGUUAUAUGAAGCUUCAGCCUCAUCUUCAUGCGGAGGAUAUUGGCUUAAAGGGGAACUCCACUCCCCAGUGUUUGGAACAUUUAGUUCCGAAUGCUGGGUGCGGGCUUUGGGGUGGCCCCCUCGAGACAUCCCGCACCGCCCUCUCGAGA